ACUGUGGCAACUGUGGUUUGAAGCUGGAGAGAUGCGAGGGACAGAAAAAACAACGAGAAACGUAGGAAAUGGAGAAGCGCGACUGGACAGGGAAAUAACUGCAGAAAUCUAAACAAUCCGUCAUGCUUCGAUACUCGAAGGAUCACCGUCUUCGAAGAUAAAAUAAUAAUAAUAAUAAUAAAAAAAGACGGGUGUAGGAUUGAUCUGAGAACUGGGGGGGAACGGGAGGGGUCGAUCAUGGGGAACGAAGCGAGCCUGGAAGGAGGCGAAGGGCCGCCGUCUGGUCUGCCGGAGGGGCUGGCACCUGACGGAAAGGGCGGCUUCGUCCGGAUCUCCGAUGGUACUCCGGUCAACCUGAGCGAGCUCAGCGAGGAUGAGAGGAGGCAACUGGCCGCGGCGAUGUCAAGGGCGCAGGGCAGGCAACCUGGAGCUCCGGCAGCUGCACGAAGACCUUCAGAAUCUGAUGCUCACCAGCAGGUAGGCACCUCCAGGGGCCCUGCAGGUCUAAGUAAAAGUCGAACUGUAGACGCCUUCAACCAGGGUCCACCUGGCAGACCCACACCAGGCCGCAGCCCCUCGUCCUUAAGCCUCUUUGAAUCCAAAUUCCGGCAGGAGCCAAAAGGCCCGGAGACUAAAUCGUCUAGCAUGUUUGGCUCCAGUUUCCUCAGCGGGGCCAAUCCCCUCAGCGCCGUGUCGUCAAUGACGUCCUCCAUCACAUCUAUGGGCGACGCCGUCAACAUUCCCAAGUUUGGACUGUUUGGGGACGAGGAGGAGGGCGAUGCGACGGCAAAAGUAGAGAACAAGCAGGGAGGGAAGCCACUGGGGAAGGGCCCCCAGCAGGGUCAAGGACCAAAGGGACCACAGCAGGCUGGACCCCCAAAGCCAGGUCAAGGCCCCCCUGGACAGGCACCAAGGCAAGGACAGGGUGCACCCGGUCAGGGACCAAAAUCAGGUCCUUCAGGGCAAGGACCAGCUGGUCAGGGACCAAAAUCAGGUCCUUCAGGGCAAGGACCACCUGGUCAGGGGCCGAAAUCAGGUCCUUCGGGGCAAGGACCACCUGGUCAGGGGCCGAAAUCAGGGCAAGGACCACCUGGUCAGGGGCUGAAAUCUGGUCAAGGUCCUCCUGGCCCAGGACCAAGGCAAAGCCAGGGGCCCAAAUCAGAUCAAGGACCCCCUGGUCAGGCCCCCAGGCAAAGUCAAAGGCAGCCGGGACCUAGACCAGAUCAGGGUGGAGCUCAGCAGCAAAAAGGUGGCCCACCACAACAAGGACCUGGAAAACCUGGACCAAACACUCAAGGACAGCAAGGCCCCAUGCCAGCAAAAGGUUCAGGGGCCCCCGGGCAGCAGGCAACUGGAAAGCCUACAGGUGGACUCUGUCCGCUGUGUAAAACCACCCAGCUCAACACUGGAUCUAAGGAGCCACCCAAUUACAACACCUGCACUGAGUGCAAGAACCAGGUCUGCAGCCUGUGUGGCUUCAGCCCACCAGACUCAGCGGGUAAAGAGUGGCUUUGCCUGAACUGUCAGAUGCAGCGAGCAAUGGGAGGCAUGGAUCCUCCUGGCAUGUCAAAGCCCAUGCAAGGCUCUGGCCCACCCUCACCUCAGCGAGGUGGCAAGCCUGGAAAGCUGCUGAUAAAGCAGCAGAGCACCUCCGACCAAGGGCUGACGCCGCCAACAACACCAAGGCAGAAAUCCCCAGGUUCCUCAUCUCCUGGACCCCUUUCUCCAGGCUCCUCAUUGGCAGGGUCACCCAAGAUUGACCCCAAAACAGGGCGUCCCAUUCAGCAGAAGUCCAGCCCUCAGCAGUCUCCAGCUAAAGCCAAACAAGAAUCGAGUUUCUUUGGGGGUUUGGGCGGCAUCAGUUUAGGAGGGCUGACAGAUUCGGCUAAACCCCCCGCAGCGGCUGCACAAGCGGCGGAGUCGGUUACUGGGAAACUAUUCAGUGGGUUUGGUGGAUUGAUGGAGUCAUCGAAGCCUCCAACACAGGCUGCACCAAAACAAGAAGAAUCCAUGGCUGGAAAACUGUUUGGGGGUCUGGGAGGGCUGACGGAGUCAGCAAAGCCUCCUGCUGCUGCAUCUCAAAUGUUCAGCUUCGGCUCAUCGCUUCUGAGCUCAGCCACCACUCUUGUCUCUGGAGAGGAAACCAAAGCACCUGAGUCUCUGCCUGGGUCACCUGACUCUGGACCAGGUUCUCCUCCUGACUCUCCUUUCUCUGCACCUGGAUCUCCACCGGAUUCCGACUCCGCUCCGGACACCCCGUCUGCCGGAGCCAGAGAGCCCCCCAGACAGGCAGCCGCAGAGCAGGAAGAGAAGUCUACAGCGGCUGAGUCUGCUCAGUCUGAAACUUCAGUUGCCAAGGGAAACUGCCCUCUCUGUAACUUGGAGCUCAACAUUGGAUCGUCAGACGCCCCCAACUACAGUGUGUGCACUGAGUGCAAGAAGAACGUGUGCAAUCUGUGUGGAUUUAAUCCUAAUCCUCAUUUGGAAGAGAAAGAAUGGCUUUGCCUGAACUGUCAGACUCAAAAAGCAAUGUCAGGCCAGCUGGGAGACGUCCCACCACCAUCCAUGGUGUCCCCAAAGAAGCAAGAACCCGCUCUGCCCCCCGGCCCCUCCACCACCCCAGUUCCUGCUGCUGUAGAUAGCAAACCUGUAGCUGAACCAAUAGAUCCAAUCCCACCUACUACUGAGAUCAAGAUCAAACAAGAGGAGUCCUUGAAACAGCCUGAAUUGAAAGAAGCUAAAGAAGACAAUCUCACAAGCCCAUCAGACCUAGCAAAACUAGAAAGCUCUGUGCUUCCCAUUCUUGAGUCCCAGGUAGACACAGAGCAGGAGGAGAAACAGACUGAUACUUUAAAGACCAGACGCAAAUUGGAGGUUCUUCCUCUCUCGCCUGAUUCUCCCAGUUCAGAAGAGGAUAAAGACCUUUCAGAGAAGAAUGCCAAAAGUCCUGGAAAGAAGAAGCUUCUUGUGCCAAUUAAUAUCAAGGCAGAUUCCCUGGAUGAUAGCAGUGAAAGUUUUGGAAAAGAAAGCCCAAUGUCAGGAGAUGAUGAGGAGUUUAUCAGGAAACAAAUCAUAGAAAUGAGUGAGAAUGAGGAUGCCUCUCCAUCAGAUGAAGAAAGCUUAGUCAGGCGAAAGAUUAGAGAUGAUGAGAAGAAACAGAAUGAGAAGAAAGAGACUGUACAGAAAAGCACAUCAGGAAAAACAAGACGAUUAACUAAGAAAACUACUAUUAGUCCCGAUGAUGAUGAUGUUCAGGAAAUCACAGCAUCAGCAGAUAAAUCUGAUGUUAUCAAAGAGGAUGAGAAAGAACAAAAAGAAGAGGAAGAUCAAAGAAUUUCUGCACCUCGCAAGUUACAAACUUUUGAGCUGAAUGUAACCAGCAGCCCUACAUGUAUACCUAGUGCAGAUGGAGAGCCUGAAAUAGAAAGUCUAACAGACUCUCCAGAUGAUCGGUCUCGGGGUGAAGGGUCAUCUAGUCUACAUGCAUCUAGCUUCACUCCCGGAACAUCGCCAACAUCUCUUUCAUCUAUGGACGAGGAUAGUGACAGCAGCCCAAGUCAUGUUCGUACCGGUGAGGUUAAACAGCACAGAAAAGCCAAGCACCGACAAACUGGGCAAAUGCUACCAACUAUUGAAGACUCAUCAGAGGAGGAAGAGUUAAGGGAGGAGGAAGAACUUCUCAGGGAGCAAGAAAAACAAAAGGGCUCAGGAAAAAAGUCUAAAAAAGACAAGGAUGAGAUUCGGGCCCAAAGAAGGCGAGAGCAUACAAAGACACCUCCGAGCAACCUUUCUCCAAUUGAAGAUGCCUCACCAACUGAAGAACAGAGACAGGAAGCUGAAAUGGAGGAGAUCAGACGGUCAUCCUGCUCUGACUUUUCCCCCAGUAUUGAAUCAGAUCCUGAAGGAUUUGAGAUCCAUGCUGCAAAAAUUGGAGAAGUGCAAAAAACAUAUCAGCUGCCUAUAUCUGUAUCUCUUCACUCCCCAACAGAUGAUCAAAACACUGAUAAAUCUCAGAAGAGAGCUCUCAAAUCUGCUGAUGAGGCCUAUGAAGAAAUCAUGCUAAAGGCUAAAUCUCCAACAGUUGACACAGGUGAAAUUCAAGCAGAAAAGGAAACGGUAUAUGGUGGCAUGCUUAUUGAAGACUAUGUUUAUCCAUCUCUUCUUGACAAUUCUUUUGAUCGGGAAGAGACAGAGAAAAUGUCUGUUCCUGUUGAACCCAAAAAACUGAGAUCGCCCGAUGAAGUUUAUGAGGACAUGAUCAAAAAAAGAAAGGAAUUCAUGCAGCUAGAACAGGAAUAUGAAAAUAUAAAGCCAAAAAAUGAAACCCCUAAUCCAAAAAUUGUGUUUCAACCAGCUGAGAGUACCUUCCCAAAAAGCGGCAGAGUGACAUUAGGCAAAGAUGGGAAGCCACUGUUAGAUGCUGAAGCAGCCUAUGAGGAGUUGAUGAAAAGAGUUCUAACUCCAGGAACAAGCCCAACUCAGCCUGAGCCAGAAAUGGAAACUACUUCAUCAAAAAAGGUUCUUCACCCUAUUCCAGACUUAAAGGUAACACAAUGCUCUUCUGGAGAGUUAUCCUCUGAUGAUGAAACUACAGUAAAAAAGGAACAGGUGGUGACGGGAACAUCAGAUAUAAUAUCAGAAAAGCAAUCUGAACAUGUAAAAGAAGUAUCCGAGAUUUGCCCUUCAACCACAACAGAACAGACAGAACAGCAACCUGACAAUGAAAUCUCUACUUCUCAGGUUGAACUUGUCGACCUUUCUAGUACUGUUCCAAGAUCAUCAGCUUCUGUGAUUGCUAAUGUGUCACCCCUACCAACAGUUCCCCAAUACACACCUAGUAUAUCUAGUGUAGUGUCAACAGCUCCCCCUGUCCCUCCUAAGCCAAAUAUUUUGCGCCGGGCUAAUUCUCAGGAAAAAGGAGAAGAACCUGUUGCACCAUCCCAGCCUCCUCCCACUCCACCAAAACCCACAGUUUUCCCCAGGAAAGCCCCAGUUCCACUUCCACCUCAGGCUUCAGCACCUGUGAAAAAAUCUGAGCCAGUGACUAUGACUUCACCCCAAGGAUCGCCUGUUAGACAAGUUGUUACUCCAACGUACAAACCUCAUAUUCCACCUCCUGUUCCUCCAAAGCCAGCUAUUCAUGGGAUUGUAGACAGUCACAGACCAGCACAUGGUGCCAAACCACCAAUUGCACCAAAGCCUGGUUCACAGCCACCUUCACCUGCUCAUGCCCCUCUUCCAACAAGACCUACGGUACUUCCUACUGGUCCAAAUGACUCAGUCCUUAAUUUGAGCCCCUCUACAGAGAGCAAGACAUUUCAACCUUCACCAAAGUCUCCUUCUUCCCCAAGAUAUGCCAGCAAUCUUCGUGACACGUAUGUAGUCAUCACACUGCCAUCCCAGCCUAGCUCUCCAGUUGACAAUGUCACAACUCAAGCCCCCUCCGGUCCUGGACCGGUAUGUCCCUCAAAGCAGGGUCAACAUGAGAGCUAUUAUCAACCACAGCCUCAACACCCAUAUCCAAAGCAAAAUCAACAACAACCAACCCCUCCUUCUCAGACAACCAGAGUGCCUCUGGCAUAUACACGUGUCACAGAGUCUAUUGAAAAACAAGAGAUUUGUAGCCCAGAGAAACAUGUUUCUAGUUCUUGUCACAUAAUUGAGGCCAUAUCUGCUUCAGCACAGCCAUCUGUUAUACCUAGCCUCAUAUCUCAAGUGGUUACUACGGAAGUUCAAAGAACCACUGUCUCCGUUGUUCAUGAAAGAACACCACCACCAGUACCAGCUCCAAGAGCAACUGGUGUUCCAAUGUCAAUGGAGAAACCUAAGCCUCAAAUGCUAGCACAGACUGAAACGACCUCUCUACCCUCUGAGGUGGUAGAUCUUAGAACUGUUAAGGGUGAUUCAGAUUCAAAUAUGAAUGGUGUUGAUCUGUCCACCGCUCCAGAUUCAGGACGUCAGUCUUUUGUGAGUGAUGUCAGUCGCCACACCAGUGCAGUGCAAUCACCUGUGGUCAACCUCAGCACUGAAUCCUCCACUGUUUCAAUAGUGACUGACAGCAUCACUAUUGUGACCUGUUCUGCCACAAUACAGCAAUGUGACAAUAUAGAGGUUUCUCAAGUCUCCUCCAUGCCCCUUCAGUUAACAAAAAAUAAGGCUUUUGAACCUGUUUCUCAAAUUGUAUAUCGACCAGUUGAGUCUCAGCCCUCCACUCUUGCAACAGCAGAAAUCCCAAUUAACCUUUCAGUUGGAUCAAAUACAGGCCCAGCAGGUUUCCAAGCCAUGCCAGUCACUGCUUCAGUCCCUCCUGUGGCAACCUGUGUUGCCAAUGGAUUAACUACAGGAAGAACCACAGUGGCAGGAGCUGUUGAUCUUAGUACCUCAAAACCUUUCAAUACUUUGGUAUCAGUUGAUGUGACAUCUGCAGACGUGGUUACAACCGUAAUCACAGAUGAUGGCAAACCAGUGGAUCUAACAGCAGGAAAGAGAGCUGUGUGCUGUGAUGUGUACAAGCUGCCAUUUGCAGGAAGUUGUGCAACUCAGCAGUCUACCACACCUCUACCUGAAGAUCGUUUUGGAUAUCGUGAUGACCAUUAUCAAUUUGACCGAACACCUUAUGGCAUGAGAGGGUUUGGUGGAAUUAAACCCUCCAUGUCAGACACCAAUCUUGCAGAAGCUGGGUUAUUCAUAUACAAGAGUAAGAACAGUUAUAAUUUCAGUGUCACAACAGAGGGAGCAGUAGAUCUCACCUCAUCGAAGAUAUCAGACGCAGGUGAAGCUGUUGACUACUCCAAGAAAGGCAGUUAUGCAGGAAUGACAAUCCCCCCAUAUUCCCAUUCAAGUGCCACAAGCGCUGUCAGUUCACUCUUUGGGACAAGUAGUGUUUUAAGAUCAUCAAAUGGAGUGGUCUAUUCAUCUGUUGCAGCGCCAGUCCCAUCAACAUAUGCAAUUACUACUCAACCAGGAUCCAUAUUUAGUACAGCAUAUAAUACCUUUUCUGGUAUGCACACAAGUGACACCAUGCCUUCUUUGUCCAAUCUCCAGAAUUUACCACUUACAAGAUCCCAAAGUUUUCUCUCCACCAUUUCCACAACAGAAGAACAAGGAGAUGCUCCUCUUAACCUGGAGAUCUCAAAGGGAGGUGUUGCUGCUGUCAAUGGUACAGCUACAGCAGCGACAUCUUUAUCCCUUGACACAUAUACAGAUGCAUCCCUGGAGGCUAUAGCCGCUUCACUGGAAGCUCUCUCGUCCCCGAUGGUUCCUGGAGAUGGCCAGUAUCAGGCAGAGCGAGAGAGGCUGGAAAUGGAAAAGCUAAAGCAGCAACGCUUAGCUGAGGAAUUGGAAUGGGAGCGGCAUAAUAUUCAGCGAUUCCGUGAACAAGAACAGCUCCUAGUACAGAAGGAAUUAGAAGAGUUGCAAGCCAUGAAGCAGCAGAUCCUGACUCAACAGGAGGAGGAAAGACAGGCUCAUCUUAUGAUGCAAAAAGAAACAUAUGCUCAACAACAACAGCAACUUGAGCAAAUACAAAGACUCCAAGAACAAUUGCGACUACAGUUAGAAGAGCAAAAGCUUCGUCAGAUGUACCCAGGUGCAGACAUCCCAGGACAUGGCAUACAGGAGGCUAUUGUCUUAGGACCUGAUGGCACAGUGCUUUCUCGAAAAAUUACAGAUAGCGGAUGUCAGACUGAUGAGGAGGACGAAGCACUAAGCAAAGCUUACACAGCAGGAAGAAAAAAGAAAAGUGUUAAAAAGAGUGUUGAUAGCUGUGUCCAGACUGAUGAUGAGGAUCAAGAUGAAUGGGAGGCCCAGAGAAGUCGACAAAGCCGUCCCCGUACUGCUAGAGGUGAUAGGGGUGGUGGGUCAGAAUUGUCUCUUCAAGCCCACACUGAAAUUUCUAUACAAACCGACACAGAUGGAAAUAUUCGAAUGGACACGAGAAUGGAGGUGUCAGACUCAGAAAGGACCUCACCAAAGAAACGUCCUACUCCCUUAGAAAUAGCCCAGUCUGCCAACCUAAAACCAGAAUUUUCUUCCCUUCAAGCUCAUCCUAAAUCCCCUAAAGUACUUUAUUCUCCUGUAUCACCAUGUAUAUCACCUAGCAAAUCCCUUGAAUUUGUGUCUUAUGAUAAGUCCCUAGGCGAUACCAGCCCACAAAAGCUAAGGGAAAGCAUUGACCAAUCAAAAUCCUCUCCAGCAAGUCCUCGGGGACCCAAAACCAUGCAGCGAUCGAUGUCUGACCCAAAACCCAUGAGUCCAACAGGAGAAGAAAGAGCAACAUCUGGUACGCAGUAUGGGGAUGGCCAACCGGGGAAAGGAUCAGGCGGCACUCCCACGGGGACGCAAAAGAAGGUGAAAAGGACUCUUCCCAAUCCCCCCUCUGAAGAAGAGUCAACAACAAGUGGACAGACAGCAUACACCACAAACUCAGCACGCCGAAGAAUGUGCCGAAAUUCAAACAUGGCACGUGCCAAGAUAUUACAAGACAUUGAUCGGGAGCUGGAUCUGGUUGAGCGAGAGUCUUCCAAGCUCCGCAAAAGACAGGCAGAACUAGAUGAAGAGGAGAAAGAGAUUGAUGCUAAGCUUAGGUAUUUGGAGAUGGGGAUCAAUCGCAGAAAAGAUGCACUUUUAAAGGAAAGGGAGAAAAGAGAAAGGGCCUAUUUACAGAGUGUUGCAGAGGAUAGAGAUUACAUGUCAGACAGUGAAGUCAGUAACAUCCGAGAGACUAGGAGUGUCCAAGAUGGUGGUGAAGACGAGGACAUUGAGGAUCACCUUCUUGAGCGCCCCAGAACAGCUCCUCACUCAGAACUUGAUGAUUUUGCUCCUCCCCAAACCAAGCAUGAGUAUGGAAAAUACUCUCAGUACCAAUAUCCUCAAAGCCAAUACCAGCAAUCAAUCUAUCAGACUCCACAGUCCUACCAAUCUCACUCUAUCUACUCCUCUGUUCCUUCACUUACUACUGCCCAGCAGCAGAGUUAUCAGCAAAUGCUUUUGUUGCAGCAGAAAGCUGCAAGACAAGCGGCUCUCCUGUCAGAGCUUGAUGCGACUAAAUACGAUGUCAUUAGCCGUCAGCCUGAUCCCACGUCAUCAGCUUAUCUUGGUGUCAAAUAUGACAAAUAUGGUAACCAUCUAGACCUCAGAGCCCUGGAGGUGGGAAGCAUAGCAGGUAGUCCAAUGUCCGCUGUUUCUGAUUCCUACUACACAGAGGUGGAACACCACACACCUCGGAGCUACAUGCUGCUGGAAGAUGCUGCAGAGUUAGCUAAGACCUCCACAGGUCUGUCUUCAUCUUAUAGUCUAGCUGAGAGGGAACUGGCUAAGGCAGAGAAGCUUUUGCGUAGAAGUGCUGCAGAUCUUGGGUCUACUGACUAUCUAGGCUCCACCUCCAGGCUUCAUGCUUUUGGAAAGACUCCUGAUGAAGAGGAUACAAUGGAGGAACCCUAUGAAUUAAAACUCUUGAAGCAGCAGCUCAAGCAGGAGUUUAGAAGAAGUACAGGUGGUACAGAAAGCUUAGAACAACUGACAGGUCUCUCCCAAAACUACUAUACUCCAAGCACUGGUGUCUCUAGUUAUUCUCAAAGACACUAUCCAAAGUCAGACAAAUACAGCAUCAGUCGACUUACUCUUGAGAAGCAGGCGGCAAAACAACUUCCAGCAUCAGUGUUGUACCAAAAGCACAAAACUCCAAUACUAGAUCCUAAAAUCUCCUCCAAGUAUUCCUCUAUAACAGACAACAGGGGUUUGGAAACUGAUUAUAACUAUUUGGGAUCUACCAGUGCAUCGCCCAGAUCCAGCAGGCUGCUGCAGGAUGAAAUUACAUUCGGCCUUCGAAAGAAUAUUGCAGAGCAACAAAAGUAUCUUGGGUCUACCUUGGGAGCCAAUUUAGCUGGAUCCCUAAAUUUGGGCCAGAGCUUGGGCUUGGACUCUGCUUAUCCUAGUGGUAGCCGGUCAAGACCCUCAUCCAGACCUACUUCGUGCUACGGCCUGGACUUGUCAAUCAAAAGGGAACUUUCGAGUUCUUCACUGAGGCUUAAAGGAGAUGGAGAGUCAACUGGAGAUGGUCCAAGUUAUCAAACCCCCUCUGGUCGCACCAAGCCCACCAGCCUUCCAAUUGUGCAAAGCGGUCGUGGACGAAUUCCUAUUGUGGCACAGAACUCAGAGGAAGAGAGUCCGUUAAGCCCUGUUGGUCAACCAAUGGGCAUGGCUCGUGCAUCAGCUGGGCCCCUGCCUCCUAUUUCAGCUGAUUCAAGGGACCAAUUUGGUUCCUGUAUGUCCCUACAAGAUUCCCAGCAGCAGCAACAUUUAAGAGAAGAGCCAACAAGGGGUAGAAGUUAUGUGCUGCUGGAUGAUCUUCAGGGCACAAUGUCAGAUAGUGAAGCCCUAUGUGAUUCCAUGAUGGCAUUGAACAGAGACGAUGCAACUAAUGCCUAUCACCUCAGGCGAGACGAGACGGACUGGUUUGACAAACCGAGGGAUGGACGGCCAGAGAACGGACAAGAAAAGAGACAGGGAAAAGGUCCCUACUAUCCAUUCCCUCACCUCAGGGUCAAACUGCAGAGGGAUCUCAAAGACCGCAGUGUCACAGGAAAUGGUUUGGGUAUCCGUGUAGUUGGAGGAAAGGAGGUUCCAGGUGGGAGCGGAGACAUUGGAGCUUAUGUUGCCAAAGUCCUACCUGGUGGAGCUGCAGAACAAACUGGAAAAAUUCUUGAAGGAAUGCAAGUCUUAGAGUGGAACGGUGUUCUACUGACGGGAAAAACUUACGAGGAAGUGCAAGGAUUGGUUGGACAGCUGUGUAAUGAAGCAGAACUGUGUGUCAGACUUGAUCUUAACAUGUUGGCUGAGUCUGAAGAUUCCCAGCAUCUUGAUUUGCAGGAGCCCAGCAAAGGGGAAAAACCUCCCAGAUCUCCAGGCGUUGAUCCCAAACAGCUAGCUGCAGAGCUGCAGAAAGUGUCACAGCAGCAGGGUCCCAUGUCCGCGUCAUCUUCGAGCCUGGCCGCUCCAACAUCUGCAACGUCCAGUCCUGGUCAGCCUGGAUCCCCCUCCGUCAGCAAGAAGCGCCAUGCCAGCAAGACCACAGAAGGAUCCAAGACCCACUCCCACCCCAUCUCUGGAGAGAUACAGCUUCAAAUCCACUACGACAAGCAGCUGGGCAACUUGAUAGUUCAUGUCCUGCAGGCCAGAAACCUCGCACCCCGUGACAACAACGGCUACUCGGAUCCAUUUGUAAAAGUGUAUCUCCUACCAGGGAGAGGUCAGGUCAUGGUUGUCCAGAAUGCCAGUGCUGAAAACAAGAGAAAAUCCAAACAUGCAGGCAAAAGCCUCAAUCCUGAGUGGAACCAGACCGUCAUCUAUAAAAAUAUCCACCUGGAGCAGCUGAGGAAGAAGACUCUGGAAGUGAGUGUUUGGGACUAUGACAAAGGUUCCUCUAAUGAUUUCUUAGGAGAGGUUCUUAUUGACCUGUCCAACACAGCCCAGCUGGACAACAUUCCUCGAUGGCUCCCCCUUAAGGAGCAAAGCGAAGGCGACCCCCAUAGACGUUCCCACUCAGGCCAGGGUCGCCAUGGUUCCUCCAAACCCUCCUCACAGCACUCGUCCCCUAAAGUCUCCGGCCCCACUCAUGAUAGUCAGGAUUCCCCCAAAUCAUCUGUCACCAAGAGUCGAAGCCAUGGGAUCUUUCCAGAUCCAGCCAAGGGCCAAAGGAGCCAGCUCUCGCUAAGGCACCAGAGGCACAGCGUAGUUGGUGUGCUCACCAUUCAGAGACCCCAGUCUGACUGGCUGCCUGCCCUGCCAUCGACCCUGUCGGCCAAAGGGAGCAGAGCAGACGGCAGACUCCUGAGCCUCAGGAAAGCCAUGUCAGAGGAGAGGCCGCAGAGCAUCGGAGCUCGGUCGAGCUACAGAGCAAGCGAUGCUCCAGUUACUGCGGCCUCUUUGGACAGUGGCCUGAGCGGUAGUGCUUACAGCCUGUUGGAUGAAGAAGGAGAGACAAAUGAAGUGGACAGUGCAAUCUUCCAGGUCCCUCGAUUUGGGAAGAUCCCAAAUGGCACAGAUGUGACGAAAUCUUCAACGGGACACAGUGAUGGGGAAGGAAAGACUCAGGUGAUGGGGGAGAUCAAGAUUGCUCUGAAGAGAGAGAUGAGAACAGAGGGGGAGCAUCUGGUCCUGGAGAUUCUUCAGUGUCGCAACAUCACCUACAAGUUUAAGACUCCAGACCACUUGCCUGACCUUUAUGUGAAGCUCUAUGUGGUGAACAUUGCCACCCAGAAAAGGAUCAUCAAGAAGAAGACCAGAGUGUGUCGUCAUGACCGCGAGCCGUCCUUCAAUGAAACUUUCCGCUUCUGCAUGAACCCAACAGGACACUCACUACAGCUCUUUCUUGUGUCAAAUGGAGGCAAGUUCAUAAAGAAGACGCUCAUUGGAGAGGCUUAUGUGUGGCUGGACAAAAUGGACUUACGCAAACGAGUUGUGGGCUGGCACAAGCUUCUCGCUAGCACGGCCCAGAUCCACUCGUAGGGAGACACUGAGGACUUCAAAGCAAAAAACUGAAAAGAUGAUGGGUUUGUGAAAUCAGAGGGAACUUAGCUGAGCAUCUACAAGACCGGUCCCGUUUGGCUCUUUGUGCUCUGGGGGCUACGGGCUAUGGUGGCUCUGGAACAAAAGGAGACCAAAUCACUCCCAUCUCCAGCCUUUGUUUGGGACUUGUUUCGGAUGACGCUCUCAGCAUAGGGAACUUGGCUUCACGUUUACAUGAAAAUGAACACAUUUACAGGGUGCAGGAUACACCGUAGUUUUUCCAAGGGAAGAGACAACAAACAGCAGGUGAUGUGGCUCAGCAGAGGUCAAGAUCAACCAGGUAUUACACAUACUAAUCCACCAACACACACAUGCACACAAUUACUUUGCACAAAAUCAUUUCCACCCAUGAGGACCCUUAGCUCUAAAGAUGCAGGGGAAAACAGGGAAUUGACACACUUGUAGAUUUUAAUUUAUUCAGGCGCUUUAUCCAGGGACGAGUCUUUUCAUCUGCAUUUAUUUCUUUUUUUCAGAAUUGUAUUGAAUUUCAAAGCCUUUUAGAAAUGAGACAAAGAAGGUUCUGCCACAGAAAAGUACUAUUUAUUUUUUUAUUAUAUUAGUGUAAAAUUCUAUUGUUUGUCUCAGUUAUUUAUCAGAUGUUUUAAAAAUUCAUGUUUGGAUGGAAGUAUAUUUUCCAAAACACUCUACCUACUUAGCAUUCCAGAUCAAGGAAGAAGAAAACCAAGCAUGUUUUAGAUUUUAGAGUGUGCUUUUCCUCCUUUGUUUUAUCAUAUACCUGAAUUUGUUUGAUAAAGAAUUAUUAUAAAUAUAUACCAGAUUGGAUACUAUACAGUAUAUUGUGCGCAUGAGUCUAUUUGGCAUGCAGUACCACAUGUUUUGCCACUAAAAAAACACCUUUAAGGCUCUCUCUGUAAAUAGUGAAGUGUCAUAGAUGGAGAUGAAAAUAUUUCAAUAAAUAGAUAUCUUUAUCACAGACAAUCACGCCUUGACGAUUGUGACAUAGAGGUUUUAUUUAUCCACGACGAAUGUGAGACGUCGACCAGAGAUUUUCUGUUUUGCUUUGUGAGAUCCAAGUGCUGUGAAAAAGGAUUUGUUGUUUACACAGUUCUUCUGUUUUUGUCAGACUUAAAUGUUUCAAGACUUCAAGUUAUUUUGAAAUCAGACAUAUAUAAUGUCAUGAAAUAAAAAAAGAGCUAAUCUUAAAGGAUGAUUUAAUUUUUUCAAGGGAAAAAUGGUUAGCCCAACCAACCUGGCGCUGCAUGAAAAUGUAAACCUAUUGCAAGUCACAACAUUGUUGACAAAUGUUGAGCCACUCAUAUUUGCAGAAUUAUUGAAGUUAAUCCACAAUGAAGAGUUUGCAAACAUAAGCUACAUUUAAGGUUAUGUCACAUCAAGGCCACCCAAAAUUUCUUUUUUUUAAAAUUCCAUUUAGAAGUGGACUUGCUUGUAUACUUUGGACUAUUGUUUUGCACUUUGUGCUCUGGGGGCUACGGUAACAAACUGUUGGUCAGAUAAGUUCUAUCAAGGUUUUUUGGUACAGAGCAGAAUUUUAGGUUAAACCAAAAACAAGUCAUCAAAGUACUACACAAACAAAGUAGCCACAAACUUUGAGUCUACCACCAUUAUAUAUGAAAAUCAGUCAUUAUACACUGAACUGCAGGGAUCUAGUCAUCCAGUUUCAGUUUAGUCUUGUCACUUUACAGAAUGUUUUUCUACUAGUCCUGGAGACCAUUAAGAUGUUUUUCUGGAAAAUGUUAGCAGGGCCUCCAUGCUAUUUUUGGUUUUGGCCUCUGAAUUCUUCCAUGAAUACCAUUUUUGCCAUUUUAUUAUUGUUGGAUCAUGAACACAUGAGACCUGUAGUGCUGUAAGAUGCUAUUCUGGGUUCUGUCUUGGAUAAGUCAUUGGAAUAAAUUUAGAAAGGCCAUUAGAAAAGUUCAUCCCGGUUUCCUCCAGUUGUGGAUAAUGGCUCUCACUGUGGUUCACUGGGGUCCCAAGGGAUUAGAAAUGGCUUUGUAACCCUGUCCAAAUAAAUAAACGUAAGUGACUUUUUAAAAUCUUUUAUUGAAUUUCAUUACAUUGGGACUUAAGUUUGUGUCCCCCUCAAUUAUAAUCUUUUGGCCUAUUUCAUGCUGUUGGACCGGUUCUGUUUAAGGCACUUUUUAAAUCUACAAGUAUGAUAGCAAUCAGUAAAUGAAAUCAACAUUUGAAAAUUGCAAUUUGUAUUUAACCAUGUUACCUUUAUGCAAUAUUUAAAUAUGUUUCAUUAUCCGAAACAUCCAACAGUAACAAAGAAACAAAAACAGGAGAAUUCUGUAGAGCAGCAAAUGCUGUUUUUGCAUCACUGUCAUCAGUCUUGCUUCAGUUUGUAUGGGUGGCACUCUUAACAACACAUGCUUAUUGUGGUAUUUUGCACUUUUUUUUCCUGCUUAGAAUGUAAAAAGUUGGCAUCCUGCUAAAUUUUCUUUACUGUGACAAAAUAAAAGAAGUGGUAAAAUGAGAUAACAGCAGAUGUGGGGUACAAUAAUACAUGUAAAUGCACUACUGCCAUCUUCACUGCUAUAAUGCUAUGCUGUUUGUCAUUUUUUAAAGUUAAAAUCAAAAAUAUCAUCUACAAUGUUCUCUAUGUCCAUUAUAUUUGAGAAAGGUAUGCUUUGUGGAGGUUAAGAGGUAGUGCUACUGGUUCAUCCAAUAUCAUAAGCUAAAAAAAAAAAAGUAAAACUAACACCUGAGUGAUUUCUAUGCAACAUCGACUGUAAAAAGAGGGAAGAAUCUGCAUCUUAACUUACCAGAAGUAAGUCACCGAUUCCUAAUUUGCACUGCUGCAUCCUCCACAACUGGUUACUUGCUUUAAUUUGGUUUCAUUUUCUUUUGAACUUGUGAUUUUUGUAAUGCUGUACAGAUGUUUACUUAUUUAUUUCCUGUGAGACAGUGUCAUGUUAAGUUGAAUUGCAUUUGCUCACAGUACAUAUCAAGUGUACAGAAAACAAUUUUUUUUACACAAUGUAGAGCUUGUUUACAACGUCAGGAGGACUUGAAACUCAGAGAUAUUAUGUUACGUCAAGAAAUUCCUCGAAGCUAAAGAAAAAAAAAUUGACGUAAAAAAAAAGAACUUGCCUCUUGUCUGCACCUACCUUUUAGUUAGUUUAAUUCACAUUUAGCAUAUCAAAAAUUAUCAAAAGAAAAGACUGUAAAAGAUUGUAAUUAAUGGACAUUAUACAUGAAAUGGUAGUUGUUUUAAGGUCUCUCUGUAAGUUUCUGUUUGUGUUCUGUAUUUUUUUUUAGGUUGAUAUUUAUGUGCCUGUGUGCAGCGAGCCAUGUGGUCUCAUCCUCAUCCAUGUCUCUUCUUUUAUGUGUUUCCACUCAAACACCUGCUGUAACUCAUAACUGAUUCCACAUGUCCACACACACAGUUAAACAAAGAUGCCAUCUCCCUGUUUUUAGCAUUGUAAAUAUAUAGUUUAGUUUUUUUAUACAUACAUAUAAAUAUAUCUAUGACGGGGAAAGAGGAGUAAAAGAUGUUUUAGUGGACAUAAUAAAAGGAAAUGUAUUUUCUCUUAAACGGUGUGCAGUGGAUAGGCUGUAAAAAAAAAAGAUGUUUUGUCUGCCUAUAGGGACCCAGAUUAACCAAACCCUUUACACAGAACACUACAAGGUUAACACAGUCGUAACACAGAAGUCUUAUUGUGACAACUCGAGUUAGCCGCAGGAGAAUUUAAAUGUGCUCACUGGAUGUUGCAUGUUCUGUUGGUGGUUCAUACUAUUUUUGUGUCCAGAUAUUAUUACAGAAAAACUGAAAAGAGAAAGAAGGUAUGGAAAGAUAUUAAGCAAAAAUGUCAUAGAGAGGGGGUAGAAUAAUGAAGAAAAGCUUAAAUUAAUGACGAUGUAUGCUGACUGUACAAAGAUUUUGCUUGUAAAACCUGUCUGGUUUUUCACUUGUAAGUAAACAGAAAAAAAGAAAUAAAUCUACUGUGAUGGUUUUGUGAUUGUAUACAGAAGGUAUUGAUAAAUUAUGCAAAAUGUGCUGUAAAAAUGGCUAUUGCCCCAUGUCUAAAUAUUAAAUAUCAGUACAAAACUUA